AUGGCAUCCGGUGGAGCAUCUCCCGCUCUUUCUACCAACAAUGGAUCUUCGACUCCAUCAGUCCCAGGACUAUCCCCUCUAAACCCCGCCUCCACGCCCAUCACCAAAAUCUGUGUCUUCAUGGGCGCCUCACCAGGGAAAUCACCAGCGCACAUGGAAGCCGCCGCUGCUCUGGCCGAAGUAAUGCACGCCAACAACAUCCAUCUAGUCUACGGUGGUGGAACCGUAGGGUUAAUGGGACAGCUAGCACGUAAACUCGUCGAGUUAUCCGGUCCAGACUCUGUACACGGCAUCAUUCCAGCUCCAUUAGUCAAAUAUGAGCGUGGACCCGAGGAGAGCGCGAAGGAAAGUAAUGAUGUGAGCGGGAUACUACCUGACCCUUUGUCAUAUGGUAAAACGACCGUGGUCAAGGAUAUGCAUACGAGAAAGCACAUGAUGGCACAAGAAGUACUCGCAGGAGGGCCCGGUUCCGGAUUUAUUGCACUUACUGGGGGCUAUGGAACGUUAGAGGAACUCAUGGAGGUGGUUACUUGGAAUCAACUUGGGAUUCACAACAAGGGGAUCGUGGCGCUGAACAUUGAGGGAUAUUGGGAUGGGCUUUUAUCUUGGAUUAAGACAUCUGUGGAGACUGGAUUCGUUGGAGAGGGGAAUGCGAAUAUCAUCGUGGAGGCGAAGACUCCGGAGGAUGCGAUUAAGUGCCUGCGGGAUUAUAAAUCUGCUGCUGGCCGAUUCAAGUUGAAGUGGGAUAGCAGCUGA